GGAGUCUCCAGCCACCCUUCUGCUGCCAUCUCCCUCGUUCACCUUUUUCAAUCCUUCACUUCACCCUCAGCCUACGCUAGCGCCGAGACCCUGCCGUCUGAGUACAGUUCGUGGGUUGUAGUCAGGGGUUGUGGAUGCUCUAGGUUCCCUACUUGACACGCCGUCUCCCUCGUUCAUCCUUUCGCUUCGAUCGGAGUAGUGUGCGAUGUCUAGAGACAGCAGACGCUUUCCUGAUUCAUCACAGAGAUAUCUGUCGUCAAGCGCAAGCCUCCUUGGAGCGCGCAGACGCUAAACAUGUCAAAUAACCCUAUUCCUCCACCUCUCCCGUACUGGGGUCCUCUGAACUAUACACAGCAAUGGGGAUCACAUCCUCCACCAUCGGGCACAGCGCCCCAUAACAUGCAAUAUAAUCCAAACACUACCUCUGCGCCUCAAGCCCCGCAAAACCUCGAGAGUUUCUACGCGAAUGCCAACCUUCCAGGCUUUGGGGUGCCGGGUGUGAAUGGCUCUUUGCCGCCACCGUUCCCCUUCCCUGGCGCCUUCCCUCCCGCACCGGGUCCUCCUCAUUUCCCAGCCUUGCCCAACAUGAGCUAUCCUCUGAUGCCGCUGCCUCCUGGCCCUCCCAAUAUUCCACCCGCCGGGCCGUCGACAAACGACUUUAUUCAUUCCGCACAAAUGAAUCCCGCAAACUCACACCCCAUGGCCACCUUAAGCAUGGAACAAGAGUUGGAUCGGGAGGAGGGCGAGUUGACGGACGUUGAAGCCCCUUCGGCGGGCAAGCAGCAGCCUUUUUCUCGCUCCACAAAGCGCCAUAAUCUUGGUGAUAGUGCUGGCGGUCGGAAAUCUCACGAUGUGCGGAAGGCAAGAAACUCCAAUAAGCUGUCGGGACAAGCCCAAUUCAAGACUCCAAAAGGGCUCGGCGCCAAAACCCCUCCCAAACCUGCCCUUGCGGGUCGGCGCCAUCGCGACUCUUCAUCCUCAGAUCUCGAAGAAGGCGAGGCGUCACCGGAACCUCCGCAUUCGAGUAGAGACAGCGGCUCUCCAUACAACCCUCCUAUGCCGCUGGACCCAGGGUCUCCUUUCGCGUCGAAGUCACUACGCGAAUCCUCCAGACCGCUUAGUCCAAACGUUGAUGCCAUGGAUAUCUGCCUUCCGAACUCCACUGGAACACAGGCAUCUCCCGGCUCUGGAAAGUCGCAGGUGCCACUCCGAGUUCAAGCUCAAGGCGCCCUACUCAGUUUAGCACCACAUAAUAUUCGUUACAACGAACUAAUCAGCGAGGGCAUCGAUCCGGUCAUACUGAGGCAAUUGUAUGAAGAUAUCGGCAUCAAAGUUCCCACCACUCCCUCGACGGAUCUCAGUUCCGUAACUUCAUCUCACGAAAAUGAGAUCUCUUCGACUGGUCCAGUAGCGGAGGACAGGCAAGCGAAGCAACUUCCCCAGCAGCUCGGGCCACAGACAAAUGGCGCGCAGGUGCCCUCAACCCUCGCUGGCCCGACUUCCGCGCAAACUCAACCUGUUCAAGCCAAUACCGCCAAGCCCAUGGAAAGAAAGGAGGUAAUUGCGCGAAUGCUCGCCGCAAAAAAGGCCGCCAAAAAUUCACCAACCUCCGCACCACCCCAGGGCGACCCUGCCUCAACUCCACCAAGUUUACCCACUACGGCUGAAGCGUCCACAGUCUCGACUCCCUUGCAGGAAUUGUCGUCAAAGGACCGAGAAUUGCGUGUCAAGGAAAAGAACAAGGCGCAAACCGAAUUAGCAAGGCAGCGUAUUGAGCAGUUGAAAAAACAAGGGCUGAUGAGAAGCCAGCAAAAAACACAGUCAGACAAUCAGGGGCCGGAAAAGGAACAGGGGGACUUUAUGCAAGAACCAUCCCAUCCCACCAGCUCCACCAUUGUCAAGCAUCCUCUGCCUGAACGGCCUCCUGUCCCAGAUACCGCAUCUUCCGAUCGCAUACCGGGUUUAUUCAUGACUGAGCAAGCCCUCGAGGUAACUAACGGCUCUGACACAACUCCCAUGCAAGAUGACAUGCUCGAUUCCGUGACCCAGUCUCGCGCUAGUCAACGUAAACGUCCUCGAGCGUCGGACUUUGAUGAACCCAUUCCUUUGCCCAAAAGAGCAUACAGUAACGGUGCGACAUACACACCGCCAGAGAGACUUGUUAUUGAUAUUAGUGACGACGAAUUCUACGGCGAUGAUGAAGAUGUGGUAAUGCACAGCGAAACGUUGCCUGGGGAUUCUGUCAAAAUUGCUAUUGCUCCAACUGCAGACAGCUCAUACCCGCCCCCAAUCGAUAACCUUCCACACCGGCCAGCAACGUCUCAGAGUCAUAGUAUCUCAACCUCCUCCACUCCUUUGAAUUCUAGGAACCAUGAACAGGAAGACUUGAGAAAGAAGGAUCUUGAGAUUCAAGCGAUGCAUCGACGAAUCGCCGAACUUGAACAGCGAAAGAAGGCAAGAUUGGCAAGUCGCACCCAGUCCCCGCGAAAUUCGGACGUUUCACCUCCCGAACCCGUUAGCAUGCCUGUAGCAGCGCUGCCUGACUCCAAUAACGACAACGUGGAGAGUUUCUUGGCGCCGUUGGAUGUUGAAAAUCUGAGAAGAAUGAAGGCCAACAUCCUGCGGGUCCAGGAGAUAGAAGCUGGCGUUCCUUCGUUGGACGCGGAGAUACAGAAAUCGGAAGCAAGGCUUAAGGUCUUCAAAAGAGAAGAAGAAAAGCUCCUGUCAGAGCUUGAAAGGGGCAAAGAAGGUCGGCGACAGCUGUUAGAAGAGCUGAGCAAUCUGAAGUCGGAGCUGAAUGGAUUGUCGCUUGACCAAGUGAACACCGCACUCAGCAGGCUGGAAACGCAGGAAGAAGUGCCCGUUGGAGUCGUUCAAGGUAUGCUUCGAAGAUUGUCGAUCCCAGGACCACAGCACCCGAAUAUAGCAACUUACGAGUCUCACGCUAUAGCUCCAGGCUAUGGUGAGAAGGAAUCUUCAGAUGAAAAUGCUGUUGCCAGCUCAGAAGUAACUGGGGUCGAUAUGCAAGUUCAAGAAGAUACCGCCUCUUCCCAGAACGCCGAACCAACGACCCAAGAACCAGAGCUUGCUGAACCUUCACUGAAUGUGACUGAAAAUCUUGGAGAUACCGCCCUGGCAGAUGCACCUGAAGAUCAACAGUCAGAUACUUCCAUGUCUGAAGACUCGAGCUCAGCAAUGGACGAGUCUUCGGAUGAUUCAAGCAGCAGCCCGGGCUCGGUGAACGAAGAGAUGCCCGAUGCACAUGAUCCUGUCAUCGACCCAGUGCCCGCACUGCAAGAAAAUAGCACAACCCCCCCAGAAAUCCCGCAAAAUGUGGAUGUGGAGGAUCAACCCUCACACGAACUCCCACCUACUAAUAUCCCACACACAUCUGAUAUAGUGACCGACUCCGGUGAAAGACCAGCGGCAGAGACCGUGGACCACCGUGCUUCUCGCGAAUCUUCUGUUUCGGAGGCCUACGAGCCCCCAGAACCAGAAGAAUCCACCAGUUCAACUGGCUCGGAUUCGAGUUACUCCCCAGCUCCUAGUCCCCAUCCCCUCGACCCUACCAUGAAUAUGGACAUUUCUGGACCCUCGGAAGAUCCACCUCAAGAAGCUGGUGAGCCGCUAACUGGAAAAGUCCAGGAACUGGAUGUUCAGCAACCAAGCCAGUAUUCUCAGAUUGGCAUUUUGGAUAACAUACGAUCACCUGAAGACACAAAACAUGGGUUUUCACCUUAUGUCAGUCUACUGAGGCUGUUUAAGUCGUACCGCUUCCAUCCAAAUUACAGUGACAAUGUGUCCGACGGCUACCGCUCCCUAACUUAUAGCCAUAACAUUGACCCACUGAAAUGUCUUUGUCCAUUCGAGUCUUCCGGAGGGGUCUGCAACGACCGCUCCUGUGAGUUCCAACAUUUCCGGGACAUGACUCUCAGCGAUGAUAAGAUUCUCGUCCAAAUGGGUUCCCUUAGGGAGGGGAAAACACCUGAAGAAUGCGACAAAUACAUCGCCGGUCUAAAGGAGACCAUCAACGACAUGCGGCGCGACAAGGUGAAGGAGUUCAAUACCGUCGCCGCAGAGAUUGCUGCAUAUCGUAGACGCUUUCUUCAAGAUCCCACGCGGAUCUUAGCACUGUAACAACAACAGUUUCUUUGGUGCAACAUCCGACUUUUCAAGUGAGAAAGGCUUCAAGAUCCUAUCAAGGUGAGCUGCAGCUCCAGCAUCGGUACCAACAGAGAAUCAUCUCUAUCUGAGUUUGGUAUAUCCGUGAAGCUGGUUCCCGCAACGAAUCCUCGGCUCGAUGAGCUCCUCAUCUACUCAUAAAUAUACCCAACUUUCUUCGCUCCUAAGGAGCCCCGACCCUCUUUUCUUCGUUUCCCAUGUCCCUUUUCGUCGAUCACUUUUUGCUGUUUCGCAUGCAACGAGCAAGCGUGGAGUUGGGGGAAAGAUCCAGGUUUAUUUCUUUGCCCUAAGAGGGACGUAGGCGAUUCACCCGCCUUGGAAACAGGACAGGCAAGAGAGCAAGCGCUCAGCAGAGCAGAACAAGAGAAGAAGAAAAGCACAUGGACAUUUCGCAAGGUCUUUCCAAGGCUGGGUUGAGCAGCAUUGGCUUGCAGUUUCUCAGCCCGAAUAUACGUGCAUAUCAAAGGAUGGAUUGUACAGCAUCAGGUUCUUGAAUUUCGGAUCCAUGGGAUACAUGAGGAGUACAUAGUCUUAGUGCCUAAUCGCAACAAGCAAUUGUUUAUCCAGAACAAAGCCUCCUUCCACUUGUACUCAUGCUCCCAGACACAAUGACCCAAUUCUCCGGCCCCAGGGUCCCCAAGAAGGCGGUGCCCCAGUCAGCCCCAACCCACCGCGCCGGGGCACGAACAGGGCACUCCGCGUCAUUCCGUCAUGUCUCUCGACCCAGUACCCCCAAAUACUCAUUGCCCGAAGUCUCAGAGUGAGGUAAUGGCCCAUAGUUCGCUCCACGAGCCCGUGAACCCAAGAACACCCGCACAACCCUCUGACUCAAUUCAAUAUCAUUCACAGACAUAUCGUGAUGCAGUACGAAAUCACAGACCCACAGCCCCCAUUUGCCUGGGUCGAGGCCCCGUAGGGCAAAGCAAGGCAGGGAGGGGCCGGAGGGCAGUGCAACAACCUGUGCUGUGCCCGGCCCGCCCUCGGGCCCCGGCGGGGCCGACCUGAGGUCCUUCCUAUUGCGGACCAG